UAUAAAUAACUCUGACAACUUUUAUGUCUUUGAUUUGAAUUUUGGUUACUAGAGACUUAAAAGUUUUACUUUGAUACAACGAAAUCUAUAAGAACUAUAUAUCAAGAUGAAUAGAAUGUGGAUACUGUUUGUUCUGGGAUAUUUGUAUGUGAAUGCAAACUACCAACUUAAUGAUUACAGCAACCAUCCCUGUAUACGACCAUGCGGUAUCAAUACUAGAAAGACUUGCAAAUAUAUGUUUACUUUAGAGUACUAUUACACUUUGUCGAAAGCAUGUUACGACUGCCCAUUUAACGCUUCUGAUUGCAAGAGACCACAUUGCGUUCCUGCUGAUGGAUCGCCACGUCCAAUACUGACAGCAAACAGGAUGCUACCAGGACCUGGAAUUCACGUUUGUCUUAACGAUACAAUAGUUGUAAAUAUAAUAAACAACUUAUUGGGAGGUGAAGGAGUAUCAAUUCAUUGGCUUGGAAUACAUGUUGAACCACAUAUGGAUGGUGUGGCAAUGUUGACACAGUGUCCAAUUCCUGAAUAUUCAUCAUUCCAGUACAGGUUCCUGGCUGUCACACCUGGAACACACUACUGGCAUUCUCAUGCGGGCAUGCAAAAUGCAGAUGGUUUAUUUGGACCCCUAGUUAUCCGGGAACCACCAGAAAUAGACGAGCAUUUAGGGAGAUAUGAUGUUGAUGACCCAGAAUUCACUGUUCUGAUUAACGAUUGGUUUACAGACAUGAUGCCUGGACGGUUAUCGUCUCUGCUUCACCGUACUGGAGGUGUUCUAUCGGACUCCAUGCUUAUAAAUGGUAACUUGUCUGAUUAUCGUUUUUACAUUUCGAUCCGUUUGAAUUAGAUAUAAAUUAAAGUUAUUGAAUUGUCAA